AUGCCAAGCGAACUGGAAUCCGCGACGCUGUGGUGGCGAGGUCCGUCGUUCCUGAAAGAUCCCGAAACCACUUGGUCUACGAACGUAAAUUUGAUCGCCGAAGAAGACCUUCCCGAGCUGACCACAAUCACUGCAAAUCCUGUGGUGACGGAGAGGUUCCCGUUAUUCGACAACUGCAGCAGCUACAACACCAUGAUUCGAGUAGUGGCUCGGAUCAAGCGCCUGUUCCAGAACCGCAAGAGGGGUCCAGAUCAUCAGCUUCGAGGAGUGUUCACCAUGCAGGAACUUCGGCUUGCCAAGUUGAUUCUUGUGCGGCUCGUCCAGAAAGAAGCUUAUCCGGAAGUAUUCGACCAGUUGCAGAACCAGGUAACGACAAAGAACAACUCGCUCAUACCGCUCUCCCCCUUCGUAGACAACCACGGCAUCCUCAGGGUCGGAGGGCGCCUGUCGAAAUCAUCCUGCUCGUACGACCAAAAACACCAAAUGAUCCUCCCGCCAAGUCACCCCUUCACCGAUGCGGUCAUCCGUUCAGUGCAUACGUCCAACAUGCACGUGGGCGCCCAAACAACACUUACCGCCAUUCGAAGGGAGUACUGGAUCGUCCGUGGUAAAAGCGCCGUCAAACGAGUCAUUCGAGCCUGUGUCCGAUGCUUCAAAUACAACGCUCGUCCGAUUCGGCAAUACAUGAGAGACUUGCCAGCUUGUCGCCUCGAAGGAGAAUACCCAUUCUACCGGGUUGGCAUCGAUUUGUGUGGACCAAUUGCCAUCAAACAACGCAACAAACGAUCGACCGUCGAGCACAAAGGAUGGAUCGCACUUUUCGUUUGCCUUGAGACCAAAGCGAUCCACCUCGAAAUCGUCAGCGAGCUGUCAACCGCAGCAUUCUUGGCGGCAUUUGACCGGUUUGUGAGUCGCCGAGGCAAGCCAGCGAGCGUAUGGACCGACAACGGGACCAACUUUGUCGGUGCAGCGAAUCUACUGAAGGAAUGGAAGGAGUUCUUCAAGACGAACGAAACCCAAGAAAGCAUCCGACGAGCAAGCGACGCUGAAAUCGAGUGGUGCUUCAACCCGCCGGAAGCACCCCACUUCGGCGGAAUCUGGGAAGCGAACAUUCGACAGACCAAGUCCCUGCUAGUCAAGUACACUGCUGGAGCAACCCUGUGUUUCGAGGAAUUGUCAACUGUACUUGCACGUAUCGAAGCUGUACUCAACUCCAGACCAAUGACAUCGCUAUCCGACGACCCAGAGGAUUUCGUGCCCCUGACUCCAGGUCAUUUUUUGAUCUUUCGACCCUUGACCGCCAUUCCCCGACCGGAGGUCAGUGUCGGACCCCGACAUGCAAGAUCACGCUUUGAGCACAUUAACCAUAUCGUUAAGCACUUUUGGGACCGCUGGAGUUCCGAAUAUUUGUCGUCACUGCAGCAGAGGUUCAAAUGGCACAAAAAGGUCGAAGUCAAGGAAGGUCAGUUGGUGCUCAUCAAGAAGGACAACCUGCCGGUUCAAAAGUGGAUGCUUGGUCGGAUUGUCGAAUUGUUCCCAGGUACCGAUGGCGUAACAAGAGUGGUCAACGUGAAAACGAAAAACGGAUUACUACGUCGAUCUGUUUCCAAGUUAUGCUUCCUCCCUGUCGACCCCGAGCAAACAGUUGGAAGAGACGUCUUCCAACGGGGGGAGGAUGUUUAG